AGCUGCUCUGAACCUUCUGUGCAACCUCAGCCUAACACCAUGACCUCCUGCUACGUCAGCUCAUCCCACUGCCCCGGCAGCAUCAGGAUGCCUGCAGCAACAAAUGUCUGUGGCCCCUCCAUUGACAUUGGGUGCCAGCCCGGGGCAGAGGCCAAGGCUGCAUCCCUGUGUCUGUCGGCCACUCUGGCACAUGCCAACCGACCACGUGUCGGGUCAACUCCUCUGGGCCAGCCCAGCCUCUGUAUGCCCUACAGCUGCUGCACCGCUUGCCCCUUGCCGGGGACCUGCAACAUUCCUGGCAACAUUGGAGUCUGUGAGAACUAUGUGGAAGGUGCCCCCAAUGGCCACGAGAAGGUGACCAUGAAGUUCCUGAACGAUCGUCUGGCCAAUUACCUGGAGAAGGUGCGCCAGCUGGAGCGGGAGAAUGCCGAGCUAGAGACCAAGAUCCGAGAGUCCAGCAAAUGCCAUGAGUCCACCACGUGUCCAGACUACCAGUCCUACUUCCAGACCAUUAAGGAGCUCCAGCAGAAGAUCCUGUGCAGCAAGGCUGAGAAUACCAGGCUGAUUAUCCAAAUUGACAAUGCCAAGCUGGCUGCUGAUGACUUUAGAAUCAAGCACGGGAGUGAGUUCUCCCUCCGCCAAGUGGUAGAGGCAGACAUGUGCGGGAUGCACAAGCUCAUGGAUGACCUGAGCCUGGCUAAGGCUGACCUGGAAGCCCAGCAGGAGUCCCUGAAGGAGGAGCUGCUCUGCCUCAAGAAAAACCACGAACAGGAAGUGAGCAUUCUGAGGAGCCAGCUGGGGGACAAGCUCCAGAUUAAGCUGGACGUUGAGCCCACCGUGGACCUGAGCAGGGUGCUGCAGGAGAUGCGGUGCCACUAUGAGGCCCUGGUGCAGACCAACCACAAUGAUCUGGAGGAGUGGUUCCAAGAUCAGUCUGAAAGCAUCAGCCAGCAGGACAUGUCCUGCUCCGAGGAGCUGCGGUGCUGCCAGUCGGAGAUCCUGGAGCUGAGACGCACGGUGAACGCCCUGGAGGUGGAGCUUCAGGCCCAGCACAGCCUGAAAGACUGUCUGCAGAAUUCCCUGUGUGAGGCUGACGCCCGCUUCGGCACCGAGCUGGCCCAGAUGCAGAUCCUGAUCAGCAACGUGGAGGAGCAGCUGUCCGAGAUCCGGGCUGACCUGGAGCGACAGAACCAGUACCAGGUGCUGCUGGACGUCAAGGCCCGGCUGGAGUGCGAGAUUGCCACGUACCGGAAACUUCUGGAGAGCGAGGACUGCAAACUCCCCAUCAAUCCCUGCUCUACGGCUGCUGCCUGUGUCGUUUGUCCAGGCUGUGCCCCUGCCACCUGUAGCUCUCUCUAAGCCAGUGGCGCCAGCACUGAGAACCGAUUCCGAAAGUCUGAGUGCCAGUGUGGAAGGUCAAGGCCUGCUGCACUGGGGCUAGGAUUGCCCUCACCUGCUUCGUGUUCCUUCCAGGAAGACCAAACUCACUGGAGACAUUUUGGCUGAAUCAAAGUGUAACAGAAACUUCUCAGCAGUGGCUCCUUGUGUGUUCCUGUGCUGCAUUUCUCCCCCAAUGCUGUAAUUGUCUUUCACUUAAGCUAUUGUUUGGUCCCAGUACCUCUUCUGGGAUUUUGGUUCUAUUCCAAUGCUUCAGACUCUCCUAAGAUGUAAUUGGAUUCCUGUACAAAAUGGUCAAUAAACCU